GGAAGGCGAAAUGGGAGCGCCCUUUUCCAUUGCCUCCCGACCGACCUUCUUUUCUGCUUGCUGUAUUGUCGAAUUGGCUUUGCUAUACUUUUAUCGUGCCUUCUGCUUCAAUUGACCCUUUUCGACAUGGAUCACAUCAAGAAGACGUUCGAGCGCUGCAAGGCCAACGGCCGGGCGGCGCUCGUCACUUAUGUCACGGCCGGCUUCCCGACAGCGGCGGACACGCCCAACAUCAUGUUGGCCAUGGAGAAGGGAGGCGCUGAUGUCAUCGAGCUCGGCGUCCCGUUCACUGACCCCAUCGCCGAUGGACCGACCAUCCAGACUGCCAAUACAAUCGCACUGGAAAAUGGGGUCACGAUCACCUCGGUUCUUCAGAUGGUCCGCGACGCGCGCAAACUCGGGCUCAAGGCCCCCGUCAUGAUGAUGGGCUACUACAACCCGAUGCGGGCAUACGGCGAGGCCAAGCUGCUCCAGGACUGCAGGGAGGCCGGUGUGAACGGCUUCAUCCUCGUUGACCUCCCGCCUGAGGAGGCCGUCUCCUUCCGCAAGCUCUGCAGCGUUGCUGGGCUUUCAUACGUACCCCUUAUCGCGCCCGCCACGUCGGACGCGCGCAUGCGACUUCUUUGCCAGCUGGCCGACUCCUUCAUCUACGUCGUCUCGCGCAUGGGUGUUACUGGCGCCACUGGCUCGCUUAACGCCGCUCUUCCGGAGCUGCUAGCCCGUGUAAAGAAGUAUAGCGGCAACAAGCCUGCCGCGGUUGGGUUCGGUGUCUCGACGCGCGAGCACUUCCUCGCCGUUGCUGGGCUGGCGGAUGGUGUCGUUGUUGGCAGCCAGAUCAUCACGACCCUCAAGAAUGCCGAGCCCGGCAAGGUCAUCGAGGCCACGCGUGAGUACUGCUCGUACCUGUGCGGCCGCGCCUCUGUCGAGGAUGUGGCCGAGGUCACGGCUCCGCCUACUGAGGACGGCGCCAAGACGGCGCCUGGCGACGAGGCUGGCGCCAAGCCCGGUGCCGCCGAGGCCAAUGACGCGGACCUCGUGGCGCAGUUGGCGGCCAUGCACGGCAAGAUCCCCGACCGUUUCGGCGAGUUCGGCGGACAGUACGUGCCCGAGUCGCUCAUGGACUGCCUGACGGAGCUCGAGGACGGCUUCAACAAAAUCAAGGACGACCCGGUCUUCUGGGAGGAGUACCGGUCAUACUACCCUUACAUGGGCCGGCCAGGUCAGCUGCACCUGGCGGAACGACUGACGGAGCAUGCAGGAGGCGCCAAGAUCUGGCUCAAGCGUGAGGACCUGAACCACACGGGCAGCCACAAGAUCAACAACGCUCUCGGCCAGCUGCUGCUCGCUCGGCGAUUGGGCAAGAAGCGCAUUAUCGCCGAGACGGGCGCGGGCCAGCACGGCGUGGCGACGGCCACGGUCUGCGCAAAGUUUGGCAUGCCCUGCACUAUCUACAUGGGCGCCGAGGACGUCAGGCGGCAGGCACUGAACGUGUUCCGCAUCCGCCUGCUGGGCGCCGAGGUGGUACCUGUGACGGCAGGCACGCAAACGCUCCGCGACGCUGUCAACGAGGCACUGCGGGCCUGGGUUGUCGACGUGGAGACGACGCAUUACAUCAUUGGCAGCGCUAUCGGCCCGCAUCCCUUCCCGACCAUCGUGCGCACGUUCCAGUCUGUCAUCGGUAACGAGACCAAGGAGCAGCUGCAGAAGCUGCGCGGCAAGCUGCCCGACGCCGUCGUGGCCUGCGUUGGUGGUGGCAGCAACGCUGUGGGAAUGUUCUACCCCUUCUCUAACGACCCUUCGGUCAAGCUGCUGGGCGUAGAGGCGGCCGGAGACGGCGUGGAGACGCUGCGUCACAGUGCCACCUUGUCCGCCGGCACCAAGGGCGUGCUGCAUGGCGUGCGCACCUACGUGCUGCAGAACGAGCAUGGCCAGAUCCAGGACACCCACUCGGUCUCCGCCGGGCUCGACUACCCCGGCGUGGGCCCGGAGCUGUCCAACUGGAAGGACAGCGAGCGUGCAAAGUUUGUGGCGGCUACGGAUUCGCAGGCCUUUGAGGGCUUCCGGCUCAUCAGCCAGCUCGAGGGCAUAAUUCCCGCCCUCGAGUCCGCCCACGGCAUCUAUGGUGCCCUCGAGCUGGCCAAGACCAUGGCGCCCGACCAGGACGUCGUCAUCUGUCUCAGUGGUCGUGGCGACAAGGACGUCCAGAGCGUGGCCGACGAGCUGCCCAACAUCGGCCCCAAGAUUGGGUGGGAUUUGAGGUUCUAGGCGGUGCGUCGGGUUUUGGGCAUGUUUCAAGGCGAAAUUUCCUGUGGCGAUGGGUCGCCCGUGGGAAAACAAUGGUUGGGAGUCGAAGUAAAAAACACCCGUGCAGUCAGGUUUGAUGCAGUAAAGGGACACACAGACUAUGGUAUUAUAGACCUAGAACCUAGCAUCAGACUUUCGAAUGAGAGUUCGGCAGCAUUGUCCUAGAUCCAUGCCUUUUCCUUGGCCAUUCUGGCUCCCGGCAAA